CGUGCUGCUCGGCGAGGUGCUCGGCGAGGUGCUCGGCGAGGAGGCGCCCCUGGCCGACAUGAAGGCGGUCUUCGCGCUGCUGCUGCUCGCGGCGGCGGCCUCCGCCAUCCUGCGGAAGCCCAAGUCCGCCACCAGCAAGGUCCCCGCCGAGGCCUGGCUCACCACGCCCGAGCUGGUGGCGCGGUGGGGCUACCCCGUCGAGACGCACACCGUCCACACCGACGACGGCUACCUCAUCGACGUGCACCGCAUCACGGGGCCGCGGCUUGGCGGCGACAAGAGGGACACUCCGUCGGGGUCCAAGGCGGGGCCGCAGGGGCCGCAGGGCCGGACGCCGGUACUGCUGAUGCACGGCUUCGGCGCCACCAGCGAGUGCUGGGUGCUGCGGCAGAACGACAACCUGGCCUUCAUGCUGGCGGACGCGCAGUACGACGUCUGGCUCGGCAACUUCCGCGGCAACUUCUACGGCCGCAGACACAUGACGCUCCGGCCCAGCGACUCGCGCUUCUGGAAUUUCGGCUGGCACGAGAACGGCGUCCUGGACGUGGCCGCCAUGGUGGACUACGUGCUGAUGGAGACGCAGCGGGCCUCCAUCCUCUACAUCGGCCACUCCAUGGGGUCCACGUCGGCGCUGGUGCUGCUGUCCGAGCGGCCCGAGUACAACGCCAAGCUGGGCGCCGCCUUCCUGCUCACGCCCGCCGUCUACUUCCAGCACGUCCGCGGCGGCUUCAGCGCCAUCAGGAAGAACAUGCCCUGGGGAUACCACUCUCUGGCGCAGUUCCGGCUGGAGAACUUCCUGACCCGGCGGCCCCUCCCGGACAUGUGCAUGCCCCCCAACAGCAACGCCGUCUCCGCCACCUGCUGGAGGCUCAUGGAGGACGCGCAGGGCCCCUUCCACUCGGUCGUCAACAACACGUAUAUGCCAAUUCUGUUGCGACACUGGCCCGCCGGGACUUCCCUCGGUCAAGCAAUCCACUUCGGCCAGCUGAUAGUUCGAGGUGAUGGAUUUUACAAAUAUGACUUCGGGGCAGAGAGAAACCUUGCAAAAUAUGGAACAAUUUAUCCGCCAGCGUAUAAUUUGACUAACGUGCAGGCCCCCAUUUUCAUGUAUUAUUGUAAAAACGACUACCAGGCACAUUACAAGGACGUGAGGAAGUUGGCUGCUGACAUCCCAAGCCUAGCAGGUCUCUACGAGACACCAGCGGAGAUAUUUAAUCACAUAGACAUUGUAUACGAAGAGGAUGCAGCCGAGUUAGUGUACAAAAGACUGAUUGACCACAUGACGAAAUACAGAUAAAUAUA